GAGCAGAAGAUAAUUCUUUUAAAAACCUAAAAAAAUUUACUGACCCCAAACCUUUGAAUGGUUGUGUAUGUUCAUGGCCAGUGCUUCAAAAUAAUUUUAGAUUAUUAGCAGCCGCUCGUUUGCUGCAAGCUCAUUAUUGUUUCUUAUUACAGAACAUUGUUUGUGCUAGCUAGUGGUAAAGAGCAAUGCAACAAUUCAUACAUCCAAUUUGUUAGACUUGACUAGAAAUGUGCUAUUGUUCAUUUUUGCAAUUCACAUCACUUAGCAGCUAAAACUUUUCUUCUGUUUUGUGUGUUUCAGGUGUUUUAUGAAUUGAAUUUUAUGAAUCACAACUGAUGCAGCUUGCUCGGAUUCCACAUUGGAUACAGCCAGCCUUCCAUCUCUCAGUAGUGGGGAAUCUGACUCUCAGCUCUGGCCUGAGCCCUUCCCAAUUCCAGAGUUCUCGCAUGAUGUUGAACUCACACUGCAAGAAGCAAAUGGAAGAUAUGCAAAAGAUGGAUCUGUGCUGAUGAUUCCUAAAGGUAUGAAAACUGAUAUCCUGGACACACUUGCAGACAGCAUGUCAAAGAUUAGUCCUUAUCCUGAGAGGCAACACUAUGAAAAUGUUGCCAAAGCGCUUGUGGAGAAGCAUCCCAGUCUAAAAGAGCCAGGGUCUGGAAAAGGUUGGUACGGCUGGUUCCACAGCCUGAAGUUUAAGCUCGGAAACUAUAGACAAAAGUUAAGUGCAGCUGGAUGCCCGGAGGUGAGGGUCAACAAAAGAAAAGGAGAAGAAGCCAAGGGACCACGGAUGAAGAAGUCAAAGAAGGGCGAGGUCCACUACUGUCCAGAUCCCCCUGAAGGACUGAGUGAUGAAGACAUGGAAGAAAAGCGGAGGAUGAUGGAGGUGGAAGUGCUGAAAAAAGACCUAGAUCACCAGCAGAUAGAUAACCUGAUGUCUGACACGUUCUCCAAGCGCAGAAAGGAGAUCGUAGGGGAUCAACCUCUCAUUGGGGAUGUCAUGGCUAGAUGGCCGGCCAUGUUCUGUGAGAGACAGGUUCGGGCAGAGUUCAAAAGAGUCGUAAGCACAGACCUUCUCGAAUCGUUUCUCGACGGACUUGAUGACCUGGCACCAAGACUGCUGGAAGUGUACGAAGCUGCGACAAAGUCGGCAAAGAAGCCUGCACUGAAAGCCAUUUUGGACUGUCUGAAGAAAGACGACACAAACGAAAGGAGAAGGACUGCUGCUCUGCUGGGUCUGCCACACUACCUAAGAGAAGAGCCAUCAGACAUCAUCAGGAUGUGUGAUGCCCAUGGUGAGACUCUUGCUGAAGCCAUGGAGGGGAUGCAACUUGGCCUGUUGAUAGGCUACGAAGGUGACAACCAGGAUGCCUUUCCACAUGAGAUCUUCAAUGUGGCUGUUGUGGUUGAGGAGACUGUUGUGCUUCACAACUUCAAGGAUGUGCCAUCGAGCUUUGCCAUGCUUUUGGGGAUUAUCUACUGUGUGAACCUUGAGUAUCCACAAGCCAUGAAGUAUUCUUUUGAAUUCCUUCAGAGGGUAGUGAUGAAGAUCAAACCAGAUCAAGCUUCUGCCAGAGUCCACGGCAUUCGAAACAAGCUCCUGAGGUAUAAGUUGUAAACAAUGCUACACCUGAGAAUGGUUUGGAAUUCUUUUCUUUUUUUCUUCUUUUUCCAUUUGUUUCUGUUGAAAUGCAAGCCAAAGUUGAAGGCAAAAGCAAGCAAACAGGAGAGGAGCCCUGUUUUUUUUUUUUUUUGUUGUUUUUUUUGGACUUGAUCCAUUUGCUUUUGUUGGACUGAAUACAUUUAAUGCUGAAUAUUGUUCAAAUAAUAUACUAAGUAUACUGUAUUCAGGAUUCAAAUAUUUGAAAACAACCAGCUGAAGUUGGCAGUCUGAAGUUUUAGUUUGUUUGUGUUUGGGGUUCAGGACCGCUUUUGGUAUAAUUCAGCUGGAUCUGUGAGAUUGUUAAAGGAUUGGUUCACUUAAAAAAAAAAAACUUUUGGUGAUAAUU